GAAAGAAAAAAAAAGGCCUGCUCGCAUCGACUCCAUCAACUCCACCUUCACCUACUCGCCGUUCAUUCGAUCUGUAUUCCCCGCCGAGUACUGGAGGCACAGAAGAAAAACCGGGCCCCCGGGAAGGACACGUUACUAUCAACAGGCGCUCUAUAAUCACCUUUUUCGUUUCCGGCCGGCCGUAUAGCAGCUUGCUUGUUUUACUUGCUUCCAUCAACACACACAUUAAUACCUUAAGCUUCUUGCGAUUGCCGUAAUGGCACACACCUACAAUGUGGAGACGGGGGCGUGGGUCCAGGACCCGACGGACGGAUGGGUUUCAUCCAAAGUCCUCUCCAAGAGCGUCGACGGGGAUAAGGCGACUUUGGUGUUCGAGAUCACCUCCGGUUCGAGGACAGGCGAGAAAUUAGAGAAGUCCACAACGUUGGCCGUGCUGGAAGGCAAUGCCGAGGAUAAGAAUCUGCCACCGUUGAUGAAUCCACCUGUGCUCGAGGCUUCGGACGAUUUGACAAGUUUAUCCCACUUGAACGAACCUGCCGUGCUUCAAGCUAUCAAACUUCGAUAUGCCAAACGCGAAAUCUACACGUACUCUGGUAUCGUCCUCAUUGCGACCAAUCCCUUCGAUCGCAUGGACUUCCUCUACGACCCGGGUCUUGUCCAGGCCUAUGCCGGCAAGCGGAAGGAGGACCAAGAUCCCCAUCUGUUCGCCAUCGCAGACACCGCCUACCAGGCGAUGGUGCGUGACCAGAAGAACCAGACCAUCGUCGUGUCUGGAGAGUCCGGAGCCGGAAAGACCGUUAGUGCCAAGUACAUCAUGAGGUACUUCGCUACGGUGGAGGAUCCGAGCCGGCCUGGCAGGCGACGGAAGGGUGGCCAGGGCGCCGCCAUGAGCAAGACGGAAGAGCAGAUUCUGGCGACCAAUCCCAUCAUGGAAGCUUUUGGUAACGCAAAGACCACCCGUAAUGACAACUCCUCGCGGUUCGGAAAGUACAUAGAGAUCAUGUUCGACAAGGAGAUCGACAUCAUCGGAGCCAAGAUCAGAACCUACCUGCUCGAGCGUGCCCGAUUGGUGUUCCAGCCUGCGACGGAGCGCAACUAUCAUAUCUUCUAUCAAUUGAUCGCCGGAGCCACAGAUGAGGAGAGGACCCAGCUUGGGUUGCGUCCUGUGGCUGAGUUCAACUUUACCAACCAGGGCGGAGAUCCCCAUGUCCCCAACAUGGACGAUGCGGCCGAGUUCAAGCUCACCAGAGACUCGCUGCAGACUAUCGGUGUCACGAUGAAGACCCAGGCGCUCAUCUGGAAGGUCCUGGCUGCGCUUUUGCACCUUGGAAACUGCGAGAUUGGUGCCGUCCGUAACGGGUCCGUCCUCGGCUCCGACGAGCCUAACCUUGUCCGUGCCGCCGAGCUUUUGGGAGUCCAGGCGGAUGAGUUUGCGAAGUGGACAACCAAGAAGCAACUUGUCAUGCGUAACGAGAAGACGGUCACCCCGCUUUCCCAGAAGCAGGCCAUCGUUGUGCGUGACUCGAUCGCCAAGUUCAUUUACUCGUCGCUGUUUGACUGGCUCGUCGAGAUCAUCAACGACAGCUUGGCUACCGAAGAGGUCCGGUUAAACGUUCAGUCUUUUAUUGGUGUUUUGGAUAUCUACGGUUUCGAGCAUUUCAAGCGCAAUUCGUUCGAGCAAUUCUGUAUCAACUAUGCCAACGAGAAGCUGCAACAGGAGUUCAACCAGCACGUUUUCAAGUUGGAGCAGGAGGAGUAUGCGCGCGAGCAGAUUAACUGGCAAUACAUCGAGUUUUCCGAUAAUAGACCGUGUAUCGAUUUGAUCGAGGGAAAGCUUGGUAUCCUGUCUCUGUUGGACGAAGAGUCCAGGCUGCCCGCCGGCUCCGACGACUCCCUGAUCACCAAGCUUCACCAGCACUUCGGCACCAAAGGAAAGGAGUUCCCCUACCAGCAACCGAGGUUCGGAAAGUCGUCGUUCACCGUGUGCCAUUAUGCGGUGGACGUCACGUACGACUCCGAAGGCUUCGUGGAGAAGAACAGGGAUACCGUACCAGAUGAGCACCUGGAGCUGUUGAGGGCUUCGACCAACCCCUUCCUCACCACUGUGCUCCAAGCAUCGGCGUCCCUUCGAGACAAGGAAACUGGUGUGGCAUCAAAGACUGCCGUUCCUCCUCCCGGCCGUAAGCUGGCCCUGCAGUCGAACCGCAAGCCGACGCUGGGAGGUAUCUUCAAGCACUCUUUGAUCGAGCUGAUGAACACCAUCGGAUCCACCAAUGUCCACUACAUCCGUUGUAUCAAGCCCAACGAGGCCAAGGAGGCGUGGAAGUUCGAGGGACCAAUGGUUCUCAGUCAAUUGCAGGCUUGUGGUGUGUUGGAGACGGUCAAGAUCUCUUGCGCUGGAUACCCUACCCGAUGGACCUACGAGGAGUUUGCGAGCCGAUACUACAUGUUGAUUCACUCCGACGAGUUGAAGACCGGAACCAUCAGGGAUGUUGGCCUCAAGAUCCUGAAACGGACUGUGCCUCCGGAGGGUCAUCCCCAGGAGAACCAGAAGGACGGAAAGGACAAGUACCAGUUGGGAAUGUCGAAGAUCUUUUUCCGCGCCGGAAUGUUGGCGGUCUUGGAGAACCUGCGAACUAGCCGGUUGAACGAAUGUGCCAUCUUGAUCCAGAAGAACCUGAAGAAGAAGUUCUACCGCCGCAAGUACCUGGAGGCUCGCGCGGCCAUCCUCAAGUCUCAGGCAUAUGCCCGUGGUUACCUUGCCCGGAGAAGUGCCCAAGAGCUGCGGAUCGUCAAGGCUGCCACGACCAUUCAAAGAGUCUGGCGCGGAUCGAAGCAGCGCGAAUACUACCACACCAUCCGGAACAGCGUCAUUAAGGUGCAGGCUUCGGCAAAGGGAUACCUCUGCCGUAAGAGUAUCACCGAUCGCGUGCUUGGCAAUGCUGCGCGCUACAUUCAGACUGCAUGGAGAUCGAGGCGGUUCCUGCGCGCAUGGCAACAGUACCGGAAACGUGUCGUGUAUUUGCAGAGUAUCUGGCGGGGUAAGAUGGCUCGACGGGAAUACAAGCAGAUCCGUGAAGAGGCCCGUGACCUCAAGCAGAUUUCCUACAAGCUGGAGAACAAGGUCAUUGAGCUUACCCAGUCUGUUGGUAUGCUGAAGAAGGACAACAAGGCUCUCGUCGACAAGGUGGAGAGCUUCGACAACCAGGUCAAGAGCUGGAGAAUGAAGCACGCCAACUUGGAGAACCGCAACAAGGAGCUUCAACUCGAGGCAAACCAGGCUGGUAUCGCGGCCGCAAGGCUGGCGCAGAUGGACGACGAGAUGAAGGCGCUGCAGCAACAGUUCGAUGAGUCGACCGCGAAUAUGAAGCGGUUACAGGAGGAGGGCAAGUCGCUGCGGGAGUCUCUCACUCAGCGCACAUCCGAACUCGAUCAGUUCAAGAUCAGGGACAAGAUGCACGAGGAGGAGAAGCUGUCUCUGAGGCAGCAGAUCCAGGCUCUCGAGGACCAGCUACAGCACGCCGGCCCACCGGUGGAGGAGGCUGUUCCCGAGAAGUCCGGAGGAAUCACCACCGGUCUGCUCAACUUUGUCACCAGCAAGAAGCCUAAGCGGCAAAGCGCGGAGCUUCCCCGCAGACUGGAGCAGGAUGGAAUGUACCGGUCGUCGUACCAGACUAGACCGGUGUCCAUGAUGCCCACCAGUAUGCCCACGCGCGCCCGGGAAUUCGAGGCGUUCGUGCCGACGGCCGAGAAUAGCCAGGAGGAACUGCUCCGGAUCUUGGAAGACGAUGAGAACCUCAGCGAUGAGGUUGCCAUUGGGUUGAUCAAGAAUCUGAAGGUACCGGCGCUCAACUCGACGACUCCGAUUCAGUACAAGGAGGUGCUCUUCCCGGCAUUCCUCAUCAACGUCGUUACGUCGGAGAUGUGGAACAACGGUUUCAUCAAGGAAUCUGAGCGCUUCCUGGCGAACGUCAUGCAAAGCAUCCAGCACGAGGUGAUGAUCAACCACGACGAGGAUGCCAUCACGCACGGUGCCUUCUGGCUGUCGAAUGUGCACGAGAUGCUGUCGUUCGUAUUCCUCGCGGAGGACUGGUAUGAGAUCCAGAAGAAGGACGAUUUCGCCUAUGACCGAUUGCUAGAGGUUGUUAAGCACGAUCUGGAGUCUCUGGAGUUCAACAUCUACCACACGUGGAUGAAGGUGCUCAAGAAGAAGCUGCAGAAGAUGAUCAUCCCCGCCAUCAUCGAAUCGCAGUCUCUUCCCGGCUUCGUCACCAACGAUGGUAACCGAUUCCUUAACAAGCUGUUGCAAACGAACUCUCAGCCCCAGUUCAGCAUGGACGAUCUGUUGAGUCUGCUCAACAAGGUCUACAAGGCGAUGAGAACGUACUACGUGGAAGACAGCAUCGUUACGCAGGCUAUCACCGAGCUGCUUAAGUUGGUUGGUGUCACCGCGUUCAACGAUCUCUUGCUGCGGAGGAACUUCUUGUCUUGGAAGCGUGGUCUCCAGAUCAACUACAACAUCACCCGGAUCGAGGAGUGGUGCAAGAGUAACGAUAUGCCCGAGGGUAUCUUGCAACUCGAGCAUCUCAUGCAGGCGACGAAGCUUCUUCAGCUCAAGAAGGCAACUCUCAGCGAUAUCGAAAUUAUCCAGGAUAUCUGCUGGAUGCUGUCACCCAACCAAAUCCAGAAGCUGCUGAACCAAUAUCUCGUCGCCGACUAUGAGCAGCCUAUCAACGGCGAGAUCAUGAAGGCGGUAGCAUCGCGAGUUACCGAGAAGACCAACGACGUACUGUUGCUCCAAGCCAUCGACCUGGAGGACAGUGGUCCAUACGAGAUUCCCGAGCCUCGGCAUAUCGGUGCUCUCGAGACAUACUGCCCUUCAUACCUCCAGACACCAAAGCUGCGACGACUGGCAGACGUCGUGAGUGCGCAGGCAGCCGCACGAGCGGCGACAGCGGCGAUUGCUUCGAUGGAUGACGACGCCUCGAACGAGAGUCUUACGGAUAAUACCCUUGUCGAGGAGGAGGAGGCUUAACGAUUUUGUUUUGUUAUGAGUUCAUGAAUGCUGCAUCACAGCUGGGGCCGGUCGGACGGACGAGUAGAGAAAAAUAAAGGGUUUGAAACGAGUACAUUUUAUUAGUGCUAGGCUUUCGUUUUUCGUUUUCGUUUUAUUAGGUCGUUUUUUCUUUUCAUUUUCUUUCUGUGUUCAUUUUC